GCUGCCCUGAAUGGAUUGACAUGAGAGGGAUUUAUAUUUUAACGGAUGUCGUCUCCCCAAAUACACGGUGCUGGUUGAAAAGCAACUAUUCCGCUCGAUGUUUGUUCAUGUUGGUGCUUGUAUCGUGACCAUGUGUCAUCGUCGUGAGAGGAUUGAACUUGCCAGCAGUCUAUAUUUGCCGAGGAGGGAAACCAAUACAAGGUCUCGCUGUCUCGCUGGAGCGGAGUAUUAUUAGCAGUUCAGACAGUGCAACUGUCUCUCUGGUCAUGCACUGCAAUUACACAGUCACGACAGCAUCGUAAUUUACAAUUUAAGAAUAAAACACGGAAGAGGAAGAUUUUUAAAAAGGAAAAAACAAUUGUGUGCCAAGCAAAAGCAAAGCAUUCACCUGGCUCCCAUGCUGGCUGCCAGAAAUCCUCCCCUCCACACCCUCAGUCAUGCCUGCUACAACCAAAUCCACCAGGAGACAGACACCUGCUCAGAGAAAAAAUGGCCAGAAAGUGAUCAGCACCAAGAGGCAAACCUGUAACUCAAAUAAAGGCAGAGGAAGAGCCACAGAGAGGCCCCAGAAAACACCUGCAGAGCCCAAAAGGUCAACGGCGAGGGCCCAGGCACAGUCAGGCCGAAGCCCCCGUGGAAGAGGGGUUAGUGGGUCUGGACCUGGGAGGUCCCCUGGCACAGUUAACCAUGCCCUAAAUGUAACAGGAUCUGCAAGGCUUAGACGGCUGAGCAAUCUGCCUGACCACUGUGGUGAGUUACAAGACCCCCUUGGGCGAAGGAAGUCCCUUCGGGGCACACAGGUGUCUGUUACUCCCUGCCCACCGCCUAAACCUUGCAGAGGAGGGAGGAACAGCAGAGGGAGAGCAAAGAGAGGAGCAGCAUCACAGCAAAUGAAUACAAGAAACCAGCCAUCAAGCACCAGCAUCAAUGAUUCAACUCCUGACGAGGAAAACGACAAACUGGCCCCCUGUGGUGCUGAAGAAAUCCUUCCAAUCUCUCUAAAAACUGAGUUUGGAGUUCCUGCAAGCAUCAAAGAUAAGGGUCUGGGAGUCAACAAUGCUAAAGAGGGCAGCCCUCUUAAAGCAGAUUCACCACCAUGUAACGACACACUGGAAGACUGUGUGCAGUGCAGCUGUGACAGUACUAUAACCCAACAAGACAAAACAACUGUCAACCAUAAUGAAGGUGACCUGAGGUGUGUGACUGGGGCCCCGGUGUGUGAUGAUGUUGAUGGACAACUAAAACUCUUCAGCGACAGAAGUAAAGAUAACCCCUGUGAGUCCUCUGUGCUAACAAGUAUUGGCUCACCAGGGGAGCAGAUCAGCAGUGAGGGAAAUUACAGUUCAUCUGUCCUUGGAAAUAAGCUUGAUCAUCUUGCCAGCGAUGGUAAGCCACACGAUGUGUGUACUAUCCAACAAGAGGAAGGUAACAUGUUGGGCUUGAAAGAGAAUAGGGCGGCAGAUGAAAGAGUGAUAGUUGUCACCGAGAGGAAAAAGAAGAUAAAUCAUGAGAGAAGAGAGAGUUCACAGGCAGAGAAAGUAGUUGAGAGACAAAAUGAGAACAUGGAAGUGAUGGAGGAGAUUGUUGAGAGGCUUGGUAAUUGUGAGGAAGAAGAGGGAGACAAAAAAGAAAAGGAGAAUGAUGCUUUCAGCAAUCCUGCUGACUCCAAAGCCAGCACUCCAGCCCCCCAACCCCCAGAUCCUCCUCACCCUAACAAUGGACUGACAGCACAGUUAGAAUCAGCUGUAAGUGUGCUGCCUGUCACCAACACAGCUACCUCAAAUCCCACCAAAGCCCCCUCCACCUCCGAGUCACUUGAGCUAGAGGUUCUGAGCCAGCGCAAGACAGACAUGCAACUGACCAGUCAUGGUGCUAAACCUCAAUUCUCGGGGUCCUCAGCAGUUGCUGAAACUGCCCUGAUGUUGCGGACUGUUCUAGUGAAAAGAAAUACGCCGGUUAUUAUCCGUAGUGACUCCCUCCACCCUAAGAGCUUGAGGGAUUCAAGCCAGGGGGAACCACACCAACUGCUAAGCCCAGAGAUCCCUUCUCAUCAGGGAGAAAGACAAGGUUGCACAUCAGCAGAGAAGCAGACCAAAGAUAGUGAAUCCAAUCGAGAGCCAUUGGAACACCACAGCCAGAAAGAGACAUCUUUGCUGUCAUUGUCAUUAGUUCCUCAGUUGAACACUGAUGCCCUUACAGCUGAGUGUGAACCAAACCUCAGCGAUGGCAGUGGUGCGGUAGCAGUGCCAGAGCCGGACUCAGUGCCAAAGAUCUCGACUCCUUCUCUGGACAGCAGCUCCACCUUCUCCUGCAGCUCAGAAAGCACUCGCUCCUCUUUUUCUUUUGACACUGAAUCAGAGGCCGGGUAUGGAGAGCCCAGCCCCUCUAUUCUACCUGGAUCCUGGGGGCCAGAGGCGGUCUGCUUGCCCUCUUGGACCACUCAGAAACCACAGAGGAAGGACAGGAAGAAGCGGAGCAGGUGUGGGAUGUGCGAGCCAUGCCUGAGGAAGAUCAGCUGUGGCCAGUGCAGUUGCUGCCUCAACCGUAGGACUGGCCACCAGAUCUGUAAGCUUAGGAAGUGCGUGGAACUGAAGAGGAGAAGACCCUCGUCUCUGCUAACUCUCUCUGCUGCACAGGUGGUUCCAGAAAGUGGGUCGGUAAAUGGCAAAGGCAAGGCACAGAUGGAUGAUACCCACACGGCAGCAGAGGAGGAUGAGGGGGAGGAAGGCCACAUACCUCAUACGCAAUCUCCCCCCAUCACCCACUCUCUCACCCACAAUCUGGCCUGGGACCAAGCAGGACAGCCAGCACUUGUUAAAAGAGAGACCGGGCAGGAGCUGACCAGCAUUGCACUUCACCAACAUGUAUGCUCUUCUGUGUCUUUUCAGAAUGGUUCUGCUGAGAACCUGAAAAAACCUAAUGGUGCUCAUAUGACCACUGGGUCACACUCUGAUCUGAAGUCUGCAUAUAAAAGGACUACAGUUGCAUCAGAACCUCAAAGGACUAUAAUAACUACAGUCCCUAAAGAUUGCUCUGAGAAUGGACCCAACACUCCUCCGGAUGACAUGUCAGUUCCGCUGAAGAAGAUCAAACUGGAGGAGCCGUGGAUGUGGAUCACUGAACAGGCCACCACACAGCUGAGUGAUGAAGAUGAGGUCUGCGAAGACCCGCUGUCCACGCUGGCGGCCGUGGUGUGUCUUUCUGUCACAGAGAGGAAGGGACUGAAGCAGAAACUCUUCAGCUCACAAUCUUCCAUUCUUUGCUCCAUCAAAACAGAGCCACCAGAUUUGCACUUCAUCAAGAAGGAGCCCGAAGACUUAAAGAAUGACUUGUGUCAGAAAAGCACUCCUGUUAGCCUGCAAAGGACUCUGCAGCCUAUCAAAAGUGAACCUCCUCCAAGUGUCUUGCUACCAAGCGUGCAGUCUUUGGCAGAGAAGAGAAAUCUUAGUUUUGAUCAGGCAAUUGCUAUUGAGGCCUUGACUCAACUGGCAGCUAUACCUCAAAACACCCCAGGGUCCAUUAAAGCUGAAAGUAAGUGUGAACAUCCCAUUUCUACUGCUGCCCCAUUUUCAACCUCCAAUACAAAUACAACCCUGCAAGAAGCCAAACCCACAGCAGCUAUCCGCUACAACAAAGUCUCGGUCAUCAGCUCACCACUACACCAGAUGUCAGUCAUACGCCCUCCUGUGGCCAGACAGGGGAAUGUCAUCCAGUGCUCCCCAGGGUUGAGCUCUAACACAAAGCUGUCUCUGCAGGACGUCUUAGAGGCCAGCUCAAACGAUGAGAAAGCACCCUGUAGGAGGACAGAGCAGGGCUUUGGUUCUCAUGUCAUCAAGUCUGAAUGCAGCUAUAAAGAUCCCAGUGACCUGAAGUUCAAUAAAGAUCAUGAGCGGCUGUUUGGGGAGGACAAAGACAGUGUUUUUGGUAAAGUGAGGAGAAACAAAGAUGAGGAGGAGGUGGCAGCUCAGUUGGCAGACCUGGCCUUCAUCAUCCAGUCACGACACAACCUGCAGUCAGAGAACAACCCUCCAAAAGGAACACCCGUGUCAGCCAUCAAAUACAACUACAACUCCCAGCUACCCCAGAGUCAGAAAAAGACCCUCAUAAAAAAAACAAAAGCUACACCUUCCAAGCCCAGGAAGAAGAAGGUAAGUGAUGGACUGCAUGAGGGAAUCAGCUGCAGGACCCCCCUUUCAAAACGCAUGCCAAAUGGAGAGAUGCCCCACAGGAGCAGAGGCAAGAAGAUUCUCCCACAGGGGAAAUCAGGCCUUCACCACAAGAGGAACCUGUUCCUACCUCAGGCUCAGAUUGACCUGAAGAGAUACUUGGCUGAGGCUGAGGAGGAAAGGAGGCAACUCAUCCAUCACAGUAAUGCACACAAUACAGCCCUCUCAGAUCCUCAGACUUCGAACUACAGCACUCUCAUGAGGAUCAACCACAUUCGUAGUCAAGAAAAUCAACCAUGGUCCCUUUCAAAUGGUCCACUCCACCAACACAAUCCAUGCAAUGGUCAUGCUGCAGGACCAGGGCAGGAGUGUCAUAGGCAUUUGUUAUCUCAGGUAGCGCAGCCCUGUGGUGGGCUGCAGCACGGUGCUGAUCCGAACACCAGCCCAGCCAAUGCCACUUUCCUCAGCCACACCACUGGGCACCAUGGUCUGGCUAAUGGCUUCUCAGGGGCUCGGCAGUCCCCUCCCCCAAGCCAGCAGGGCUACUACAAGCUGGAGAGGUCAGGACCUAUCUCUGUCCUGUCCACGGCUACUGAUGGGGAUCUUGGCCACUCUGCAGAGUCAACUCCAUCCAAGAACAGCAUCAACAGCUUUCUGGAGUCUCCUAUGAGUUUCCUGGAUACCCCCAUUAAGAACUUGCUCAAUACACCUUCCAAGAAACAGUCUGAUCUUCCAUCCUGUCAAUGCGUGGACCAAAUCAUUGAAAAGGAGGAAGGCCCUUACUAUACUCACCUCGGGGCAGGACCUAGUGUUGCUGCAGUGAGGGAAAUGAUGGAGAACAGGUAUGGUGCCAAAGGAAAUGCAGUAAGGGUGGAAGUUGUUGUUUACACUGGGAAAGAAGGAAAGAGCUCCCAGGGGUGUCCGAUAGCUAAAUGGGUGAUCCGGCGUGGCAGUGAAGAGGAGAAGCUGUUGUGUUUGGUCCGCCAGAGGCCAGGGCACUGCUGUGACUCUGCCGUGUUAGUGAUCCUCAUCCUGGCGUGGGAGGGAAUCCCUCGGCCGGUGGCGGACAAUCUCUACCAGGAACUCACGCGGUCCCUUUUUAAAUACGGCUCCCCCACCAGCCGUCGCUGUGCCCUCAAUGAAGAUCGUACGUGUGCAUGUCAGGGAUUGGACCCAGACACCUGCGGAGCUUCAUUUUCCUUUGGCUGCUCCUGGAGUAUGUACUUCAAUGGAUGUAAGUUUGCUCGCAGCAAAGUGCCCCGCAAGUUCCGCCUGCUUGGAGACUACCGGGAGGAGGAGGAGAAGAUAGAGAGCAACCUCCAGAGUCUCGCCACUGACCUUGCACCACUCUACAAAAGAUUGGCUCCUGAGGCCUUCCAAAACCAGGUGGAACAUGAGGAGGCGGGUGGGGACUGCCGGCUGGGCAUGAGGGCAGGACGUCCCUUUUCUGGGGUUACAGCGUGUGUGGAUUUCUGCGCCCACGCUCACAAGGACACUCACAACAUGAAUAACGGCAGCACUGUGGUUUGCACUUUAACCAAGGAAGAUAACCGUGCAGUGCGUAACAUACCAGAAGAUGAGCAGCUCCAUGUUCUGCCACUUUACAGGAUCUCUGACAGGGAUGAGUUCGGUCAGGUUGAGGGCCAGUGGGCCAAGAUCCGAAGUGGUGCUCUGCAAGUUCUGUCUUCCUUUCCCCGAGAGGUGCGUCUACUGGCUGAGCCAGUAAAAUCAGCCCGUAAGAUAAAGCAAGAGGCUCGUCUAAAGGCUCAGGCGGAGAAACUGGAGAAGAAGCUCGGGCUGACUCCUCUCACUCCUGGGAAAGUGAAAAGCGAAACCCCCAACAAAGAGCCUCAGGGCUACUACAGCUCACACAGACUACCACCCAGACCCGCCAGCGUUGGAAGGUACAUGCCGGACAGGAAUCAAUCCAGCACUUACAGCCAGAGCACCAGCAGCUACCCCACUCUGGGUGCAGGGGUCACCCCACAGAAGGAGGCCAUCUCCCCCAACCACCCUGGCCUGCCUGGCCUCCAGUUUGGACAGAAUGGCUCAGCUCUUAAUUAUAAGACAAUGAGUAACGCCAUGAAUGGUUAUUCUCCAGCAUCUGGUGACCAGAGGGUUACGUCAGAAAGUAUACCUCCACAUCAUGCUCUUAGUGACUACCCCCCUACUUUUAAAACUGAGCCCAACGAGAUGCACUGCUCUCCUCUAUGUAGACCCUCCCCCAGUGGGAGUGCUCCUCCUUCCUCCUCCUUCUCCCCCAGACCUACCUCUGAGGGCCUCUUCAGCAGGCUCAAUGGACUCCACAGGGCUGCAGGAGAUGUCACGGCAGAGGUCAUGGGUCAUGGCCUCCCUCCGCUCUCAUCUCUCCCCCUUCCCCCACAAACUCCCCCUCCUGAACCCGAGGAAGUCAAGCAGGAAGAGGUGUGGUCAGACAGCGAGCACAACUUCCUGGACCACAAUAUAGGCGGCGUUGCCGUGGCACCGUCCCACGGCUCCAUCCUGAUUGAGUGUGCACGGCGGGAGCUUCACGCCACCACCCCUAUCCUCAGGCCAAACCGCAGCCACCCGACCCGCAUCUCCCUGGUCUUCUACCAGCACAAGUCUCUAAACGAGCCAGGCCACGGGAUGGCCAUGUGGGACGCAAAGAUGGCCAAGCGGGAACGGGAACGGGAGGAGGAGGCUGAGCGAUUAAGGAUGGAGGACAUCCCGGGCGGCGGUGUGGGGAAGAACGGCAAAGGAGCUGGAGGAGUGGAGCUAGAGGACGAAGCAGGGGAGGAGGCAGAGGAGGCAAGGAGGAUCAUGAAUGUCCCCACACGUCAAACAUGGACUCUUCCGAGGGAUGGUGUCAUCACCGUGUCCCCUUACGCUCUUACGCAAGUGACGGGCCCCUACAAUCGCUGGACUUAGUCAUCAUGUUUUACACACACACACACACACACAGAAAACUCCUACACCCUGUGCUUCUGCCUUACCUCAAUCAACUUCAAACUGCUACUCUCAUUUUUUCAUUGUUUUCGUUGUGCUUUUCUAAUAUCUGUUUGUUCACUUUGUCCUUCUUCAUCUCUGCCUUCAAAGUGAUGAGGAAGACCAAAGUUUGUUUGCUUUUUAACUGUGAGUUUCGGUGUUGUUUUUAUUGUAAAGAGAUGGUGCUUUGAAGCAUUUUAAAGACGUUUUUAAACUGGUUUUAUAUACAUGAUUAAGAACAAAAAAAGAUGUGAUUAUUUAUUCUGAUCAUAACGAUUUCUAUUUAAUUCCUGGUGUAAGCCUGUUUACUGCAAGAUUUCUAUGAUAACCUGCAUUAUGUGUUGACACUCAGAAUUUAUGUUGUACAGUAGGACUAUGCUCUUUAUUUUCAGCCAAUAGUUCUCUUUUUGGAAGAAGAAUCUUGUUGGCUUUUACAUUGGUGCCAUUCUCACUGUAACCUUUGUUUAGCAAACUCAUUACAUCACACAUUGUAGAAAACAAGACUAAUAUUGUGCAUAUAUUUACUACAGAUUGUCACAUGUAGCAUCGUGCUUUUCCUUCUGCUGCCUCUGACUUCUGAUGGCAGUUGGUGAAAGAAACGUACGGCUUUGGUUUGUUGUUUUAUUUUCUCUACGUCUGGAUGGUUCGUCUUUUAUUCACGGAUAUGUAUGGCAUAUUAAGAAGCACUUUUUUGUUUUCCUAAACUUAACUUGAAAAAGGUCCCAAAACAUAGGCCUAAAUAUGUAUGUACAGAUACAGAAAUAUAUAUGACAGUUUAGCAUGAACCCAGUUUUAUUUUUACAGUAUUUCUGCAUUUAUUCGAUUGAAAAUGGCAUACAUAUCUCAUGAAAUUUGAAACUUAGCAUAACGAGGACUCAUGAAAUGCUGCAACAAUGAAGUGCUUAACAUUAUUGGCACUUAACUUAUGUUCACCUUCUGAAAAAGGAAUUCGAAAGUCGUUCAUAGGGCACAAGUGUGGUUAUAGGAUUUCAAAAAGUUACUGUACAUUUUAAUGGUGCUAAUGAGACCUCUGUUUUUUAACAGAAAUCACAAAGUGUCAGAUCUGAAUACGAAACCAUGUUAGCCAGUGCUGACUAAUUCAACGAUUUCUUCUUUUGCCUCCUCUCUGCUCUUGUUGAAAACCACUCAAACAUCAGUUCCCACUCAGACAAUUGCCUAAGAUGAUUUCGGGUGCUCGACCCUUGUGAAGACUUUGUUUACAGAUUUUUUUUACAGGGUCUGAAUAAGGGGGUUGGUGUCAACUCCUGAUGAAUCAGGAUUUUUACUUUUUAUUACCCAUGAAAGAGAAGCUCUUCACUUUAAGAACUCAUCAAUGAAAUUUCAGCACAACUGAUAAAGACCUUUCACUUACACUAACACUGGUGGUGUAACUUUUCCUGUGAGAAAGAUUUUGGACUUUUACACACUUUGACUUCCUUGUGGUGCUAAUAGGACAAGAUGUCAAGGUACAUACAUUGACCUAACUUGGUUGUAUACUGAACAGUGAUGGCAUGGUGCUUUUUGGAAACUCUGCACACACUGAUCUGCUAUAUGAUUCAGUACAAAGGUAGUUUUAUCAUUUCUCUGGAUUACUGGCUGACAAGAGACUGAGAUGGGUUAGUAUCCCAGCAUUGAUCAUGUUGUUUUUCACACACCAGUAAAAUGCAAAUUAUUGUGCAGAUGUCCAUCUAGAGUUCAAACGUCUUCCUCAGAGAACCAAACUCUCAGACAAGUCUCAGAAAUCACAACAUACACACAAAAUGAAAUGAAUGUAAACAGUUUUCAAAGAUUUAGAAAAGACAUUUUUGAACAUGACAAAGUUACAGUUGUAAAUGUUUGUUUUGAUUUACUGUGGGGGACAUUCUCAGUCCACGUUGAGAGUCUUUGUAUCAACGAGGAACUAACAACUAGCACCAGCAUUCAAAAAUCUGAAAAAAAAAAAAACUUUUAUUAGUAGAAAAUGUGUAAAUAUGUAUGUGAACCAUAUUGUUUUUACUGUACUGUUGAUGGUGUUUAGACAAUGGAUGAUCUUGCUUAUUUUGAAACUGAAUUACUGUACGUUGCUGAAAGUAUAUCCAGUUUAGACUUGAGAAGAGGCUAAAUUUAGCAUUCCUUUUAUGGAUGGCUGAUCUCUUUCGGGAUUGUGAAAUAAAGUCAUAUUUAUAUUUUGGACCUGA